CAUUCAACGGAGAUAUGUCACGACAAACUGUGCUAAAAUGUGCUCAUUUUACAGUAUUCCUUUUUGCUCUGCAUGACUACAUAAAGGCUGCAACAAACCAUUAUGGAACGAUAUCAGUGGUAGGGCCAGCUUUUGUGAACAGGGAUGUAACACUGAAAGCGACACCAUUCUACCCUUGGGGAUGUCAAGUAGAAUGGAAAUACAUUAUUGACGGAGAAACACAAAUUCGAACAAUGAAUCUUGAGUUUGCUACAAGAUAUUCGGAGGACGAAUCAUUCUUUUUGAAAUGGAAGGCCACAGUUGCAUACAACAAAUCUGACUUCUACGCCGUAUGUUCAACAAACACUACGACUAGAACAAGCAUGGUAUCUUUAAAUAUGACAGAUAUUGUUGGACAAUGUGGAACUCUCGUGCUUUUAAACCCAGUUGUUCAAGGCGCGGAUGUCAAAUUAGGAUACUUUCCGUCUGACCUUUCUCUAUGGUACAAAACUUUCCUUACACGAACAUGGAAGAAGAACAGCAAAGAGAUACAGCUACGCGAAGGUUAUUACGUAGAGGAAACGGUAUCUGCAUAUAUGUUCACAUUAACGGUACUCAACUAUGAUCACAGAGAUGAGGGAUCAUAUAUUUUAGAAUGCAAUUCAACAGAAACCACGGACUAUGUGCAGCUUUAUAUUCCAGGGCGACCGAAUUAUCCAGUUCUCGGUCCAAAGUUCCCAGACUUUAACACAACAGAAUGCAUUUAUGUUUAUGCAGGCUCCGACAUGUAUUGCAAAACAAAAAAAGGAGCAAACCCCGUACAGGUCGAACUUUUACUGGGUCAGAAGUCAUUUGUUCUUGCUGAAAGCAAAGAGAUCAAAGGGAUUUACCGAUUCCAUAACGUUCAUCAACAAAUGGCUGGACAGUCAAGACAGAAUGUGACAUGCCUCGUUUCAAAUGCAGCUCUUGAAACUCCCUACGACGUGCAUGGCGUUCUCUGUAACGUAGAGAAAGGUAGCACGCCCGUGUUAACAGUUCCCGAAUUCCUUGAUGGAAAAAAUUCGACAGCAAUCUGUGAAGUGCACAAUGCUUUCCCAGCACCUACAAUAGAAAUACGCGUUAGCACAUUUUUGCUAGCAGAUGUUCAACAAACAGAUUCAUUUAAUAGAUCUUCUAAUACUUUUACAAGCCGUGCAAAGGUAACAAAGACUAAUAAGAGUUGGAAUGGAAAAGAAAUGUGUUGUUACAGGGAUAGUAAACAGGAUUUCGGUUUGACAAAAAUGUCAAUAUGCGUAAACAUCAGUAUAAAAUAUCCCCCGUCGGAUCUUUCCAUAUUCGUCAACAAAAUGCAUGAAAAUAGCAACAAUGUUUCCGUCUGUUUCUUAAACUUGUCUUGUGAAACGGAUGCAUCAAAUCCGCCUUGCACAAUUGAAUGGUCAAGUGACAAAGAUGAUAUAAGAUACCUUCAAAACAACAACUGGACGAAUGGUGAAAAUGGGAGUUUCCGAUCUGUUUCCAACGUGCUCUUCAAUGUCACUAAAGACAUGGCUGGUGGAACUAUUACAUGUUCGACAAGAUGCGAUCAUUUCCCAUCGCAUUUAAAUGCAAGCUAUGAAGUAUCGGUUUCUGAAUCAACUAAAAACUCUGCACCCCAGGCAACCCAACAGUGGCAUAUGUCGGUCUUUUACGCCGUAGCUGGAACCAUUUUUCUUCUACUUAUAGCAGCGUUGGCCUUUCGUCUAUUUAGGCGAUGCAAACCUCAUGUUUAUGCAACUCUUCUACGCCAAAGGACAAGCGCAGUUAGAGAGCCAGUUACACAUGUGUAUGAUACUGUGCAGCCUAAUCUUGAGCCAACUGUCUAUUACAAUCUGAGAGGAGGGUCAGCAAGUGCUGUCGAGAUCAACAACGCACCUCAACAUUUGGAGAGUGAAGGAAACAGACGUUCAAAUGAAAAUGAAUGUCAUUAUGACUAUGUGGACUUCCCAUCCGAUCUCAGAGACCGUCAGGCAAACAGGCCGGAUGCAAAUUAUAUUCACCCUUUAUAAAACUAUUUCUCGAUUGCAAAGACAGCUUUAGCUGUUACCCAUCACACUCGACUCCGUUUCCUGAUUAUAAACAAGUUGUCCUUGUUGAGAGACCGAAUAAUCUUAUCCUACCUCUGGUAGAACACGAAAACACGGCCUCUCGGGUUAGAGUUGGACACAUGAAUCGUUAAACCAUUUUCAUCCUGUUGUUUUUGCCAUUAUUCAUAUUUAAAAUAGUUUAUACGAAGCUGUCCUGAGAAUAACAACCUUGGAAAUGAUUCAGCUAAGAUAAAACAUUUGACAUGGUUAAAUAUCUACGGAAAUUGGCUUUACACUCUAAAGCUGCAUAUUCAAAUUGAAUGCAUGAAUGAAUGAUUGAAAUAUAUCGAUUGUUCCUAUUCGGAAAGAUACGUGUGAGGAAGUUACGAAAUUGUAGUGAGGUUUAAGUGUAAUUGUACGCAUAGCCUACCCAUAAUUGUAUCAGGUGCAGUUAAAUUUUAAAAGUCCUUUACCUUUAGAUAUAUUUGAAAACUCGCUUAAUUUAAUGUUACUCACUUCCUCAUGGCAUGUAACAUGUGAUUCCAAACUUGUACAAUGUACACAUACAUUGAUGACGUGGUACAUAGACAAGUAUCCAACAUGAACACGUACCUGUACACGAAGUGUUUCGCAAGCUAUUUAAUGAUGAAACGGUGAGUUGUGAUGUUCAUGGCCAGAUGGUGUUGUCAAAAUAUAGGCAAACAUAAUAUUCAAUGUUAUCUGUCAUGUUAAUAACAUCUUAACAUAAUAAUUUACAUAUUAUUGUCUCGUUUUCGAAAAGCGUGAAAACAGCUUGAAGAAUGGUAAGUUAACCAUAUGAAAAACAAUCAUGCUUUUAUUGCAUUUGCUUCCUCCUUUUUUGUACGAUUAUCAUAUCAUUGUUAAUUUAUUUCCCAUAUAGUUCAUUGAUCCGCAAACUGUUCUUAGACGCAUAUUAGUUAGAUGUAAAUGUACUGUUGAAUUGUACCUUUGAAGAAUCAGGAGGCCGUUUUAAUAUAUAUCUUAGUCGAUUUCGGUCGUGAAUUGAAAUUAUGUUGUGUGUGAAAUCAACUUACACCAGCAAUGAAAAUGAAUACGAAGUUUAGGUA